GUAAUUCUGUUAUUAAAAAAACUGUUUGUAUUAAAAGGGAUUAAAAACUAUGUCAAUUACGAUCGCGUGGAUUAAAUGGAUGUACCUUACCUUUGUAGUAACAUGGGGAUUUGAUAAUUUAUCAACAAAUAAGCCUACAGAACAGUAUAUCGAGACUGACACUUGCACGAAAUGUGUUGCUGGUAAUGCUGUUGAUGGGAACAACGAAACAUGUAUGCGGACAAAAGACAUCGGCAUUAACUCAAACAUACACACAACAUGGUGGUAUGUAGACCUUGGAAAUAAUUACAGUUUAUACAGCAUUAGGAUUGAAUUUCAAAAGGAAACACAAUUUGUAUCCGAGCACACACGAAAAGGACGUUUUGCUGGGUUCUCUUUGUAUGUCUCUAAUACAACUAACAAAGAUGACGGCUUUGUUUGCUACCAGAAUGAAUCGAGAAUACCACCCUUGGAUUUCAACACAAGCUGUAUAACUCAUGGGCAAUACGUUAUAUUUUACAAUGAAAGAGUGGUUGGAAAAAAAUAUCCAUCAGAGUACCAAACAUCAAAUGUGAUCACAGAGUUGUGCGAAGUAACAGUACAAGGUUGUUUGAAACCAGGUGUUUAUGGAGAAUUCUGUAAUGAAACUUGUCCUGACAAUUGUCAGGAGAAUAGAUGUGACAUUAUAAGUGGUACCUGUUUAGGUUGUAAUCCUGGAUGGAAUGGGACAUAUUGUAACACAACUUGCCUCGAUGGUCAUUAUGGUCUAAACUGUGCGUUAAAGUGUGUUGGACGAUGUAAAGACCAUGACCCUUGUAAUCACACUACUGGUUUGUGUGACAAUGGAUGUGCUGACGGUUGGACCGGUGGAAACUGUACAGAUGGUUGUAGUGAAAAUUUAAUAUUUUUUUUUAAUUUCAUGAAUAUAUGGAAAUCAUUAAAUACUUUGCAUUUAAUAAAUUCCAUAAUUAUGAACACAUAAAGUUUUGAUAAGUAAGUUGAUAAUGAGUAAUUGGUAAAGAAUGUUUUAGAAUAUGUAAACUAUAUUACAUGUUUUAAUAGGGAUUAAAGAUGUGAAUGUUUGUCAGAUUAUUGAUUUUUCAAAUAGAAUGUCAUCCAGGAACAUACGGACGAAACUGUUUGCAAAAAUGCAGUGGAAAUUGUUUAAAUAACAGAACAUGUAAUAGAGCAAACGGAACAUGUGGCAUGGGGUGUGGUUCUGGAUAUACAGGGGAUCUAUGUGACAAAGUUUGUGAUAAUGGAACGUUUGGAACAAAUUGUGAUAGUAAAUGUGGACAUUGUUCAGAAAAUGUGACGUGCAAUUCUCUGAACGGGCGUUGCUACAACGGCUGUGCAUUGGGCCAUUCAGGAGAUUUUUGCAACAUAA